AUUUGCAUACUACAGGCCCUAUUUUAAACUAAAUAUAACAAGUCAAGUGCGUGUGACUAUUGUCCGAUCCUGUGUUUGAAUAAUGAGAUGAAAAGGAUUUUUUUAUCAUUUCUAAUGCCUUGCCAAUGUUUAAACUUAAGUUAAUUAGGUUUAAUUCGUUGUGUUUUAUAUCUAUAUAUCGUUUCCAAUAUUGAACUUACAAUGUAAAAAUUAUAUCACUGUAUAGGCCUGCAAUAGCCUAUCAUAAAUUUUCAGGCUAAGUCUAGGCUAGGGUGUUCCUAUAAGUUAAUUAAUCAUGUUUUUGAGAAGUUCCAACCUAGUAUUAGCAAAUUUUCGAACGUUUAUCACAGUAUUAUUCAUUGCAAUCUUAGUAUUAUUUUUUCAAAUGAAAAUAUUAAGUCUCGAAGAAAGUCAAAAACAAUUGGAGAAAACCGUUGAGCAACUAGUCAAAUCCAACAACAAUGUAAGAAAUAGCAUAUUGAGCAACUCAAUAGAUCAAAGGAAAACAAACUCAGACAGAGAUUUAAUCAUCAUUUACAACAGAGUUCCUAAAACAGGGUCAACAAGCUUUGUCAAUGUGGCUUACGACAUUUGUAAGCGGAACAGAUUCAAUGUUCUACACUUAAAUGUGACAGCUAACCAGCAUACAAUGUCAUUGGCUGACCAGUCUCGAUUUGUUCAUAAUCUCACACAUUGGACAGCUCGAAAACCUGGUCUCUAUCACGGACAUGUCAGCUUUAUAGACUUUGCGAAAUUUGGGGUUACACAGAGACCAAUUUACAUAAACAUCCUUCGAAAGCCACUGGAUCGACUUGUCUCAUAUUACUACUUCCUCCGCUACGGAGACAACUACCGUCCGCACCUUCUGCGCAGUAGACAUGGAGAUAAGAUGACAUUUGACGAGUGUGUACAGCGGAGGUUAGACGAUUGUAACCCAGACAACAUGUGGCUGCAGAUUCCAUUCCUGUGUGGACACGCUGCCGAGUGCUGGGUUCACGGCAGCAACUGGGCGUUAGAGGAAGCCAAACGUAACCUAUUGGCGCACUACCUGGUGGUGGGGGUGACGGAGGAACUGACUGACUUCAUCGCCAUCCUUGAGUCUGCUCUUCCAACCAUCUUCCACGGGGCUUUGCAACACUUUCAAUCCAGCAACAAGUCACAUCUGAGAAAGACUAACCAAAAAGUGGAACCUUCUGAAGAAACGGUUGCGCAGAUCAAGAAGUCUCGGAUUUGGAGGAUGGAAAAUGAACUCUACGAGUUUGCUUUGGAACAAUUUUAUUUUUUGAAGAAGAGAAUGGGGAUCGGACCAGACGGCGUGGUGUUUGACAAAGGGCAACAGUUCAUGUUUGAAAAAAUUAGUCCGAAAUAAGUGAAACUAAAUCUAAAACACAUUCCGUUAAAAUGUGAAAGCGUAAAUUUUACUUUUUAUGUAACGGGUAGAAAGGUUUCUGACUCUAAAAUACUCUGAAUGAAUAUUUUAGUUUCUAACAAAUCAGUUCCAAACCGUUUUAGCACCUCCAUUACACAGGCUAGUCACGGCUGGGUAAAAAAUAUCUCAAUAUUUGUCUUUUUGUGAAUUAGUUUAAAACUGAAAUAGGCUAUAGCACAUUGAAAUAACCCCUCAAGCUGUCAAAACAAAAUAACCCAGCUUACACGCAACAAAAUAAACCUUUCUUUUAGGGAUGGACGAGAUUGGAUUUUUAGUUCGAGACGAGACGAGACGAGAUUUUUUAUUUCUCAUAACAUUUCGAGACGAGAUCGAGACGGGAUUUCCCUUCUCAUACACAACGGGAAAUGCACGUUCAGAAUUUUUACCUGAUUUUGUAACAUUGUUAGAUGACUGUUU